AUGUCUAACAAAGGAUUUAUAUUAAUAGAAAUCGCUCUUUUAACAACUACGGUGCAAAGUCUGAUUAAUGAAGUAAGAAUAUUAAAAGCCGAUAAAUCAACUGUACCAAAAGAUUGUCUAGUAUAUGUUGUGGAUGAUGAUAAUCAAACAACCUAUGAAAAUGAACCAAAUGAAGUUGCCGACAUUUAUUAUAAAUGA